CUGACUCUCGCGGCGGAGUGACCAAGAAAUGGAGGAGAACAACUCUGAUCACUCCCGCCUUUUUCGAGGGGGGAACCUGGAAUGGCUCGCUUGCAGGAGGGCAACCGUUUCUCUUCAGGGAUUUCAGUGGAACAAGGAUGGCGUUCCUUUAUCUCCUGCUCCACCACCAAAGCAUUUCUCUCCUUAGGGAUGUGUGACAAAGGAGCCUCCAGGAGUUAAUCGCCAAAAAUGGCUAAAAUUAAUCAUCAGCCAUGAAGAUAAUGAAUAAAGUUUGAAGCAUACAAACGACUAGAGUGACGUAAAUCUUCCAGGUUAAGACUCGACCAUCGAGUUGUUGGUCGUGGCGUUCAACGAACGAGUCAGUUGGUGAAUUCUAACUUGGUAGCACUUGCGUGCUUAAUUAAUUUAACUCUUAAGCUUCGACCUGGCGAAUAUAAAAGGGAGAUGAGAGAAAACACAAUGGGUUGUCCAGUGGCCCAGUGCGGACAAUCAGAUCACUGGGAUGCCUCACUGUGGAUGAUAGUCUUCGCUGGCCGCGGAACGCUGGUACCCGAAGGUGGAAACUACUAGGUUGGGCUAGCUAGGUUGCUGAAGAUAUGCUACCGUACUGUCUCUGCAAGCAGGUAGGUUAGCUACAAUAAAAAAACUUCAGGUACACCGUGGAUUUCUUAGCCAGUCCUUUUCGUCCAACAAUGCAUUGUCUAGCUCUUGCCAAUGGUUUCAGUUUUUGUAAAGAGUGGACUGAUAAGGCUUGCUGCAGUAUCAUUCAGAUACGGUACCCUCUGCUGGAGUGGCUGAGCGCAGCACAAACCACUAUCGGUCAGAAAGCUUUAUCCUAUGCUACUAGUACCGGUACUGCAAGGAUAUGUAUCAACUUAUUACUAGCUAGUCUAUCCGGCGUUUCCUUUAUCCUGAAGGUUCAGUCAAAAAACCCAAUGCAACAUGAUUGAUGCGAUGAUGCGAUGCCAUGGAGGUGCUGCUAUCCGGUGGCUUUGCGUUUACCGGUUGGUUGCACUUUCGUUAAAUGCCUCAUCUUCCCGUUGAAUUUGGUCACACGGAAUAGAGCUCUUCUCCGCUUCCGAGAAACAACCAUUGUCACAUACAGCAGCUCAUACAGCUAUUGCCGCACUCUCAUUCCUUCUUUUGGCUCACUUCUUGAGUGGUUUGGUGAGGUUGGACUUGCAAAGUUUGGUGGUUCGACUAUUAUCUUCCCCAUUUUGGUUAUCUUCCCCAUUGUAGCCACUCUGUGUUUGGCGGAAGAGAAACAAAAAGUUGUCUGCUAUUUGGUUGUGUGCCACAAUAUCUAUCUAUAACGUCCUAUACCCAGCGGUACCAACCACAGGAUUGAUUGAUUGAUUAUCACACUCUUGGCAAGGCUACCCCACCCAAUCCGAAUUCACUCAUCAUCAAGUAGUGAUAUCGUGAUACACAUUCAUAUCCUUCCAUUAACCAAUCCAAUAAUAAGACAAGAUGGCGAGCAAACACCGACGCCAACGGAGCACGGGUAGCAUGCUGAAUGGUAGCAUCACCAAUCUCUUUCAAAAGACCCUGAAUCCAGCGCAUCACAUGCGGGGACGCAUUGUCAAGAAAGCAGCCGGAGUAGUGGACGAGUACGUGAAUGACAUGUCCAGCAAGGCACCCUUCUUGUGCGAGUCUACUACUACUAGCACUAGCAGUAGUAUUCCCUUGUUGGACCACAACGAAUUGGUGAUUGGCAAAUUGUUGGGUGAAGGAGGCUUUUGUCAAGUCUGGGACGUUUCGGGGAUUGUCCUUCACACAGACAAUAACAAUAGCAACAAUGGCCAGAAUGAGUGGCGCAAUCAACAAGAUGCCCGUCAGCAAUUGGCACAAUGCGCCAAACAACAGCCACUGGCCGUGAAACAACUCCGCAAACGCUUGACCAAAUAUCCUCCACGGUUCACAUUGGCGUGUGCCGAUUUGGUGACGGAAGCCCAGUACUUGUCGAAACUGUCUCAUCCCCACAUUGUCCCCAUUCGCGCCAUGACCAAGGGACACUUGACCAGUAUGCAACAAGACGGACGCUACGAUGCAUACUUUUUCGUCAUGGACCAGUUGGAAGCGACACUCGAUCAACGCAUUCAUCACUGGAGACGAGGGUCCGAACCUAUGCCGGAAUACGCCACCAAAUUGGACUAUGCCUUGCAAAUGGCGUCCGCUCUGCAGUAUUUGCAUCAACGACGCAUCAUCUUUCGCGAUGUCAAGCCCGCCAACAUUGGCUUUCGUUCGGACAAUCGACAAUUGCAAUUGUUCGAUUUUGGACUCUGUCGCGAAUUGCCGCUGCCACGGAACAACACGGACAGCAAUAUGAUGGACAAUAACAACACAGACAAUAGUACUUUUAUGGAUGCCUCGGAAUACUCCACGGUCAGCCACCGCACUGAGGACGAAGACGACGACGAAGAUGAUGACGAUGUCGAUCUCGACGAUUACUACUUGAUGACCAAGGUCGGAACUCGUCGCUAUGCCGCCGUCGAAAUGUUCAUUAGUGGUCGCUACAAUGAAAAAAUUGAUUGCUACUCCUGGGCCAUGACGGUCUUUGAAAUGGUUUCACUCUGCAAACCAUUUGCGUCACUCUCCGAUGCGGAUCACCAAGAAUUGGUCUGUGCCCAAGGACGACGACCCAAUACCAAGGCAUUUUUGCAAAUGUGCGAACAACCACCCCGAGGAGAACCACAGCCGCUCUUGAAAUUGGUUCGCGAGGCGUGGGAACAGUACGUGAGGUACCGGAUUGAUAUUCAUACCAUUGUGGAACGACUCGAAGAAAUCAUUCAAGACCGACGACAACAAGAUGGAUCCUAUCCGGAACAACAACAACAGGACAAGGCGGCUGAUUCGGUCGUUUCGGCGACGACGGUCACUGUCACGGAAUCGGAUCACGAAGAACUCUUGGCGUGCGGUACCGGCGACACUCCGGACAACAACAACAAUCCCUCGGCUCCGGCUGUGGCAACUCCCGAGGACGAUGCUCGAUCCAUUCACUCCUUGAUUGUGGUGACGACAACAACAACUGGAGGAGGGGCUAACGCGAGCAUUGCCGGAAGUCGGCACUCCAACCUAUCGUCGCCCUCGUUGGAUCCCGAUUCCAGAAGUGGCAAUUACAACAAUUACAGCCACAAUAACAGUCACAAUGGAGAAUUGUGGGGCGACGAUUCCAUUAAUUCGGCCGAGAUGACGGGAGGCAUGAUGAUGGAUACGUCGCUCAAUCACAUUGUCUUUGAUGAGCUCUUGCAACAUCGACGAAGGGCCGCCGACUUUUUGGAGGUGCCGGCUCUGUCGCCCUUGGGAUCGCCCACCACCGAUCAACACAAGAAGGGUGCUCAUCCAAAGAAGGAAGUGUCGUCUGAUGCGGCGGCGGCAUUGACACCCCCCUCCUUGCUCAUUGCCAAACCCACCACGUUGAGCCGAAUCGUUUCGGGCGGGGAACUGGAGCUCAAGGACAGUCCAGAGCGAAACGCGGAAAUUGAACGGCAACUCGAGCCAUUGCCACAAGAAGAAGAAGAAAAUUGAAGGGCUACACACCCGCACAAGUGUUGAUUCUGUAUAUUGAUGUUUUGUGUUCGUAUUGUAUUGUAUGCAGUUCUGUGUCAUGACGUUAUUAAGAGCAAGUCGAAUUGCAUGGCAAGAUGAAAGAACCUGCAUUGCCUUGGAUGCAGAUAGAUGUGAAAUAUUAGUAUGUUUAGACAAGUUUCUUUGUC